AUGACCGACGAAUCGCCCCGGAUUCCGGACCGGCCGUUUGAUGUGCGCGCCGCCAACACAACCGCCUGCGCCAUGCCGGAGCCCUUCGACCCGGCCGAUGCAACCAGCCUCUACCGCGGCAUGAACAUCCUGGCUCCCAUGGUCCGCAGUGGCACGCUGCCGAUGCGGAUCCUCGCCCUGCAGUACGGGGCCGACCGCGUGUAUGGCGAGGAGCUUGUCGAUCAUAGCAUGCUGCGCACGGUUCGCGUGGAAAAUCACGCCCUGGGCACCGUGGACUAUGUCGACUCGACUGGAAAGGUGAUCUUCCAGACGUGCGCCCGGGAGCGCGGCCGCGUCAUUUUCCAAAUCGGCACAUCCGAUCCGGAGCGCGCUGUGCGCGUUGCCAAGAUGGUCCACCGCGAUGUGGCAGCCAUCGAUCUGAACAUGGGCUGUCCGAAGCCCUUCAGCACCUCCGGCGGCAUGGGGUCCGCCCUGUUGGACCCGUGCGACCGCGCCGUCAAUAUCCUCAAGGCCCUCAAGGCAGCGGACUUGUCCUGCCCGGUUACCUGCAAGAUCCGCUUCAUUGUCGAUGCCGAGGAGCGCGAGGAGGUCUUGCGAGCUCACACCCAGGCUCGGAAUACCAAUGCCCCGCUGCCCCAGGUUCUGACAGUUCCAGGCGGCCAGGCCGAGGCCCCUGAUUCCGGCGGAGCAGCCCUCGCCGAGGAUGCCCCGGCCCCUGGCAUCCCGGGUAUCCGGUCGCUCCAAGCAUCGCAACGCCUGGUGGACACGCUGUCGCGCACCGGCGUGGCGGCCAUCGGUAUCCACACUCGGUUCCCGCACACCCGGCCCCGAGAGGCCCCAACGACCAGCUGGUUUGGCCCGGUGUCCUCCGCGGCCGGAAGCCGGGCCGCCAUCUUGCUCAAGAAGAUUUUGCUGGUGCGCAACCGGCGGAAUGCCCUGCUGCCGGCCCCGCCGCCCCGAAUGCUGGUUCCCCCGGGCGCGAGUGCGCCGCCCGGCCCCGGAACCGAGGUGUCCCUGCGCCAGCGCCGGGUGUACAGCCUGGUGGCCGGGCAUGUGGAGCCGGGUGAGCGUGCGGAGGCGGCGGCCGCCCGCGAGACCUUUGAGGAGACUGGCGUGUCGCUGGUGCUGCACAGCGACUUGCAAUCGUCGCUGGCCGUGACGCAGCAGCUGUACUCGGACCACCGGCAUGAGGGCGUCCAUGACCGGAACUUGGCCCGGGGCGUGCCCCCGACCGAGGGCCCUGAUGGCUCCCUUGAGGCGGAGCUGUGGCCGGUGCAGCUGCUCCUGUCCCAGCCGUGGCCGGCUGGCACGCUGUCCGGCGGGAACAGCGAGGUCAUGCUGGCGUCGGUGGGCCUGGCCCGGGGGGAUCCGCGGUCGCCGGAGCCGCCCGCGCCUCGGGCCGACCCGGCCGAGAUCUUGGAUGCUCGCUGGGCCGACCGGGCGGCAGUGCGCCAGGCCUUGCUGGCCGCGGCCGCCGACUUCGCGUGCAUGCCACCGCACCUGCCGCUGGUCAAGCCAGCCCUGCGGGCCGUGCCGUCUGGCCUGACGCGCCCCACCGCCGAGCAGCACGCGUACACCUCGAUGACCUUCACCGCGGCCGGGGCCGUGGGAGCGGAGGACCCCGCCGAUGCCUUCGAUCUGGCGCUCCCUGGGCCGCAUGCGGUGUCCACGCGGCUGUGCUCCGCCUGGCUGGCCUGCUUCUCGGACUUUGACCACUACCUGCAGGAGCAGCUCGCUGGCCAGGCGUCGGAGGACCAGGACGACGGCCUGGAUGUGGAGGUUGACCUGCUGGUGCCGGGAGUCCGGCAUCGCGUGUGCUGGCUGCCGGCGAAGUUGGUGUUCGACGUUUUCGCCAAUGACCCAGCCGUGGCCGAGGCACAGGACACCUCCGGCUGGACGUGGACCAUCAUGCCGGACCCUCGAACGGAUGAGCUGACCCCAGGCCCUGCCGCGGGCGGGUGCCUGGCCGAUGUGGGCCAGCGCUGGGCGGUCCUGGCCCCGGCGUCAGCCCAGGAGGCUCUUGCCCAAGCGGCCGGGGACCUAUAUGGUCCGGCAGCCGGGGCGGCUGUUAGCUUCCUGGCCUCGCGCCGUGCCCUGAUGGGCCUGGGUCCCAGCUGCUCGCAUUGGGCUGCCCGGGCCGGGUCUCUGCUGGCCUGGCACUCGCGCGCGCGAUUCUGCACCCGCUGCGGCUCGCCGAUGGUGUGUGUUUCGCAUGGCCGGGCGCGCCGCUGUGCCAUGCAGUGCCACCGGGGUGCCGGCGGCCGGAUUUACGCCCGCGUAGAUCCCAUCUCCAUCAACAUGGAGCAGCUCGCUGGCCAGGCGUCGGAGGACCAGGACGACGGCCUGGAUGUGGAGGUUGACCUGCUGUCCCGGCAUCUGUAG